AUGUCAGGUUCCAACACAACUGACUUCACCAACCCCUCCACCUUCAUCCUGCUGGGUGUUCCUGGCCUGGAGGCAGCCCAUGUCUGGAUCUCCAUUCCCUUCUGCACCAUGUACAUCAUAGCCAUCUUGGGGAACUUCACCAUCCUGUUCAUUGUGAAGACAGAGUCGAGUCUCCAUGGGCCCAUGUACUAUUUUCUUUUCAUGCUGGCUGUCACUGACCUGGUCAUAUCUAUGACCAUCAUGCCCAAAAUGCUGGCAAUAUACUGGUUCAAUUCCAGGGAGAUCAAUUUCAGUGCCUGCCUCGCCCAGCUGUACUUCCUUCACUGUUUCUCAGUGAUGGAGUCUGGGAUCUUCGUGGCCAUGGCUUUUGAUCGCUACGUGGCCAUCUGCCAUCCCCUGAGACAUUCCACCAUCCUAACAAACUCUGUGGUGGCCAAGAUCGGCCUGGCCAUGAUGCUGCGGGGUGGCAUGCUUGCAUUGCCCUUUCCCUUCCUAGUGAGGCAGUGGCCAUAUUGCAAAACCAACAUCAUCCCCCAGCCGUACUGCGCCCACAUGGCUGUGGUGAAGCUGGCCUGCGCCGACACCCGUGCCAGUAGUUAUUAUGGUCUCUUUGUGGUAUUCUGUUUGAUUGGUCUGGAUGUGAGUUUUAUUUCCCUGUCCUAUUGCCAGAUCCUCAGAGUCAUCUUCAGCCUCCCCACAAAGGAUGACCGGGUCAAGACUUUUGGGACAUGCAUCUCCCACCUCUGCGCCAUCUUAGCCUUUUACAUCCCAAGUCUCUUCCUCUCCCUCAUGUACCGGUUUGGCCAGAAUGUGCCCCUGCAUUUCCACAUUCUCAUUGCCAACGUUUACCUCUUGAUGCCCCCCGUGCUAAAUCCCAUCAUCUAUGGAGUGGGGACCAAACAGAUCUGGGACAGGCUGCUCCGGCUUUUUACUCAUUGA